AUGGAUUUCAUCAAGAAUGCUAUGGGUGGCGGCUCUGGAAACAACAACAACGCCCAGGGAGUUCAGGGAGCUCAGGGAGCUCAAAAGACCAGCUCUGGUGGAGGGUUUACGGAUAAGCUGAACAACAUGGCUGGCGGCGGUGCCCGUGGAGAGCAGAACGAGGAUGCCCUCGACAAGGGCAUCGACUACAUCCAAGAGCAUGUUCUUGGCCAGGGCAGCCAGACCAACGAGUCUGCCGUCGAGCAGAUGAAAGAUGAGAAGAUUGCCGACUUUAUCCGCAAUCAGUACAAGAGUACGACGGGCAGCGAAUUCCCCGUCAAGGACAAGGAGAGGAAGUUUGGAAUGUAA